GUCAAAUAACUGAGUUUCUUCCUUUUUCACAUCCACACGGGGAGUUCUAGAUUCCAUGCUCUUAUCUCUAUUGUGACUUGUUGGCCAUACGCAGUGUGCCUCUCGUACACUAGAGGGCGAUUGUGGUCAUUUCAGCUUGUUUGGUUAUGCUAGAUUUAACUCGGUAGAAUAAGAUAAUACUAUAUGCUAGUAAGUUAGCGCUAGUAAUUCUAUCGCUACGGAUGUAGCAAAUAAAUACAACUUUCCACGUCUUUUUGAUGUUGGUUUCUGUUCAGCAGUUCUCUCAAACAGCCGGUGAAUUUUGAUUGCUGGACACAGGAUAAUCCCUACAAAAUCGUUGUCUCCUUUUUUAAUCAGAGAUGCAAAACCUAACACCAGAUCAAUGGCGCGAGAUCAUGAACAAGAAGAUGCGGUUCCCUCCGGAGCUCAUCAGUGCCAUCCAGGAAGGGAAAAUCGAGUUGGUUUGCGGCCUGCUGAAGACCGGCGAUGGCAUCAUCCGUCAGCUGGAUGACUCCGAGGACCGCCUGUGGAGGGAGGCCCUCAACCUGUCCAUCCGCCUGGGCAGCGAGGGCGCCAUGGAUGCCCUCCUACAAGGGGUCAAGUUUGACUUCCGCCAGAUUCACGAGGCUCUGCUUGUUGCCGUGGACACCAACCAGCCGCGGGUGGUCAAGCUCCUGCUGGACCGCUUGGACCAAGAAAAAGGUAACAAAAUGGACGUGCGUUCUUUCUCCCAGGCCAUAUUUGACCACUCCAUUGACAACUCCCAGUUUGCCCCCGGUGUGACCCCGCUGACUUUAGCUUGUCAGAAAGAUUUAUACGACAUCGUCACCAUGCUCACACAAAAAGGCCACAUCAUCCCGUGGCCGCACAAAAUGUCCUGCGCGUGUCUGGAGUGUCGCAACGGGCGUCAGUAUGACCUGCUCAAGUUCUCCUUAUCCCGCAUCAACACCUACCGCGGCAUCGCCAGCCGCGCCUACCUCUCCAUCACCUCUGACGACGCUAUGCUCAGCGCCUUCAGUCUCAGCAGGGAGCUGCGCAAGCUCUCUCAGAAGGAGCCGGAGUUUAAGCCGCAGUACCUGAGCCUGGAGGAGCUUUGUCAAGAGUUUGCGGUGGAGUUGCUCGGCAUGUGUCGCAACCAGAGUGAGGUGACCACCAUUCUGAACAGCUGUGGUGAUGAAAGCCAGGACGCCUUGGACGAGCAGGCCUUCGAGGUGGGAAUACCCAACCUGUCACGACUGCGACUCGCUGUCAACUACAACCAGAAGCAGUUUGUGGCCCACCCCAUCUGUCAGCAGGUGUUGUCGUCAAUAUGGUGCGGAAACCUGGCGGGAUGGAGAGGCAGCAGGACGGCCUGGAAGCUCCUCGUGUCUGUCGGGAUCUUUUUCACCAUGCCUUUCCUCUGCCUCGCCUACUGGAUCGCACCAAAGUCAAAGGUAGGAAAGAUCCUCAGGAUCCCUGUGAUCAAGUUUCUCCUUCACUCUGCCUCCUAUCUGUGGUUCCUCAUCACGCUGCUCGGUGAAUCCAUCACCAUGGAGAUGUAUCGGGAUAAAUUUGCUUCGAGGCAGCAGAACAUCCUCCACAGCUCCUUCCACAUGGUGUGGGUGGUCGGGUUCUUUUGGUUCGAGUGCAAGGAAGUGUGGAUCGAGGGCCUGAGGAGUUACUUCCUGGACUGGUGGAACUGCUUGGACGUGAUGGUGCUCAGCAUGUACUUGGCCUCCUUCGCUUUGCGUUUGGUCAUCAUGCUUAAAGGACACUUCCUCUGUCUGGAUGAUGAUUGCACAGAGGAGUGUGUCUACUUCACCCAGACUGUGCGUAACGACUGGCGUCAGGAGGACCCCCAGCUGAUUGCAGAGGUUCUCUUUGCGGUCACCAGCAUGAUGAGCUUCACCAGGCUGGCCUACAUCCUCCCUGCUCACGAGUCCCUGGGAACGCUGCAAAUUUCCAUAGGGAAGAUGAUUGACGACAUGAUGAGAUUCAUGUUUAUCCUGAUGAUUAUCGGAACUGCCUUCCUCUGUGGUAUCAACAAUGUCUACGUCCCCUAUGUCAUCUCUCCGCAUCUUGGCAGGUUUAAUGAGACCUUCCACUUCCUGUUCUGGACAAUGUUCGGCGUGGCCAACCAGGACUAUGUGGACAUGCCACAGUUCGUCCUGGCAGAGUUUGUAGGACGCAUUCUGUACGGCAUCUUCACGCUCGUCAUAGUCAUCGUUUUGCUCAACAUGCUUAUUGCUAUGAUCACUAACUCCUUUCAGAAAAUUGAGGACGAUGCUGACGUGGAAUGGAAGUUUGCUAGGUCAAAACUGUAUCUCAGUUACUUCAGAGAGGGCCUCACCAUGCCCGUCCCCUUCAACAUCAUCCCAUCCCCUAAAGUUUUCUUCUACAUCUUAAGAGGGAUCUUUAGGCGUGUCUGCUGCUGCUUUACAUGCAAUGCUGAGAAGAAAUACCCACCAAUAGCGUCACUGUUCAACAAGAAGGGCUCUGAGGACAGCCAGCUACCGUACCGUCAGCAAGUGAUCAGAGCUCUGGUGCAGCGUUACAUCGAAUCAGCUCGCAGGGAGUUUGAAGAGACCAAGAGGAAAGAUAUUGGUAAUCGCAUCACUGAGCUGAGCAAAGCCAUCAUGAGGAUGCACAAUGACCUGAAAGUGGUCCUUCAGCACAUGGUGGAUGAAGGAUCCCCUGCAGGUGAGGAUCUGUCCAAAGACGGCUCAUCUUUUCUGGGAAAAUACAUCAUUGGCGCCAAGAACAAUUUCCGAGGCUUUAACAGCCUUCUAGAUGAUAAAAGGAAGUCACAGAAUGUAACCGUGCACCAACGGCAGGAUCAGGAGGACAACUUAAAAGAGGGAGGACACAAUGAUAACAAAGAUGACGAUCAUAAUAAGGUUGACUGUGGAGGGCGGGCGUCAGACUGCGAUGUGGUGAAGAUGGAGGAGGGCAAAGGUCAGCUGCUCAAGGAAGCAAAUACAAUUGACAACCCUGACAAUGAAGCUAAAGAGGAAACGACUGAAGAUGACAAAAAAGAAACCAUCUCCGAGAACUCCAAAGUCAGCCAUGAGAACGAGGUGAGCACGUGCAACCACGAGUCGCUACCCGAGAACAAAAUGGAGGCUCCGUGGAUGAAAAGGUUUGAGCAAAAUACCAGCGAGAAAUGUGAUGGGGGUGAAAACACAGUGUGCCACAAAAAGAUUCCUUCACCCUCCGGCAGCAGCAGCUCACGAGACACCGGCUUUGGUUCUCAGGAAGGGGACGGAUCCAUGGAUGGUACUUCUGGAGGAAGACAGUAGAAGGCCAUCCUUUUGUAGGUUCAUACAUAAUCACCACUAUAUGGACAGAAGUAUUGGGAGACCUGGAUAGUCGGUCCUCAUCCUCUUUCACUCGCCUAGGAAGACUUGCUCGCUGAAGGUUGAAAUAUACUCUCGCGUCACAUAGCUUGCGUACGCAAAAUGUUCUGCUCCUCCCCUACGUACCUUCCCGCAUACCUUUAAGUGCACAUCCUAAAAAAUAUCUAGCUUUGCGUCAGCGUUUACUAAUGAUGACAAAGUAAAACAAGAAGGUCAUGAAACUUCCAACAUCCUAAAACACAUUACACAGGCGAUUUCCAUCAAAGACAAAAUAAAAAAAAUAUGAUGCUUUUAUUUUUUUUCCAUUUUGUUUUUUUAACCUUUGCACAUUUUAUAUUUAUUUUGUUUAUUCUUUCCCUUAUAGUAGUUUUGUUUCAUUUCUUAAUUAGUUUUUUAAAAUUAUAGAAAAAUAUUUCUAUGUACAUAUUUUGAAAAAAUGUAUACAGACAUGUUUACUUGUAUGUUUUGAUUGUUUGAUUUUUAUGCAUAAUAUUGUUGUUGAAAUAAAGUUAGAAA